AGAAAACACACACACACACACACACACACGGAGAGAAGUUUUGGGGGAGGUCCACGCGCUCCAAGAAGCUGCCCGAAAAUGAAGUAAAUUAAAUAUGUUACCAAGUCGGCUGCCGCUCGAAACGUAACUGUAUGCUUUUUCGAUUGUUAAUGGUGUCAGGUUAUAAAGAUUUCGCAAACUUUUUACGCGAGACAACACAUUUCAGAAGACAAUACCUUGGUCUUAGAGCAUCGGAGUUUUCCCACGUUUUAGGAGGCGGACGGACUAGUGUUCAUCUAACUUCUACCAAAAUGAAUGUUUCCAAAUCUACUUUUCGUCGUGAAAACUGUUAAGCUCCUUGGUGUGGCGUUUCAAUUCAACGUGAACGUUUUUUUUCUUCCAAUAGAACAUUCAUUUGCUUUCUCGCUCUUACCGCAGUCAAUGGCUGUAAAAUUGGACACUAUCGCUCCGGAGGACUGCUAAAAACCAAGACAUCAUUUACGCGAAUUGAUGGUUUAAUUUGCAUUUCACUUGCAUACCAGCUACAUUCGCCGUUUUCAGAUCUUCUGAAGACCUUCUACAGAGUACCAUACACCAGGCCCAGACCCAGAUCAGAACCAGCAUGUUCACCCCCAACUGGACCCUGCUGGUCCUUCUUGGCCUCCUGCUCCAGUGCCAUCUGAACCAGGCCCGACCGGCCCUCUCCGAAACCGACACAGACUCGGCUGACCUGCUGGCUUCUUCGGAAGAUGAGGAGGAUGACGAGUCGUCCUCUGAAGAGAAUAAGCUGUCCAGCAAUCAGAAGCUGCAACCGAUGCUCCCUCAGUGGGUAGCCCCUGAUAAGAUGGAGAAGAGGCUCCACGCAGUUCCCGCCAGCAAAACGGUCAAGUUCCGCUGCCAAGCAACAGGGAACCCCGCUCCCACCCUCCAGUGGUACAAAAACGGCAAAGAGUUCCGCAAGGACCAGCGGAUCGGAGGCUUCAAGAUCCGGGACCACAUCUGGACCCUGAUCAUGGAGUCCGUGGUCCCCUCCGACAAGGGCAACUACACGUGCGUGGUGAGGAACGACCACGGCAGCCUGUCACACACAUACCAGCUGGACGUCGUAGAACGUUCACCUCACAGACCUAUCCUCCAGGCGGGUCUGCCGGCCAAUCGUACGGCGGUCGUGGGUAGCAAUGUGGAGUUUGUGUGUCGCGUGUUCAGCGACCCCCAGCCUCAUAUUCAGUGGCUCAAACACAUCAGCAUGAACGGCAGCAGAGUGGGGCCCGAGGGGGGGCCCUACGUACGCGUCCUGAAGACAGCAGGGCUGAACACCACAGACAAGGAGAUGGAGGUGUUGACUCUGAAGAACGUGUCUCUGGAAGAUACUGGACAGUACACCUGUCUGGCUGGGAACUCCAUUGGGGUGUCCCACCACUCUGCAUGGCUCUCCGUGGUCGAAGACCGGCCCCCCUCUCCUGUACCGUCCCAGGCCUACUUGGAAAUCUUCAUCUACUGCUUUGGCUUCUUCAUCAUCAUCCUCAUGGUUUCCAUAGCAGCCGUUUGCCGACUCUACUGUGUUCCCAAGAAGAGCGACUUCAGUAGCCAGCUGACGGUCCACAAGCUCGCUAAGAGUAUACCCCUCAGGAGACAGGUGUCCAUAGACUCCUCGUCCUCCCUGCAGUCGGGCGUGUGCCUGGUGCGUCAGUCGCGCCUCUCCGGUGGAGCCACGCCCACCCUGUCCGGUGUGUCGGAGUACGAGCUUCCCAACGAUCCGCAGUGGAGCUGCCCAGAGACAGGUGCUGUCCCUGGGGAAGCGUCUGGCGAGGGCUGCUUCGGCCAGGUGGUUCAGGCCGAGGCGGUGGGCGUCGACAAAGACAAGCCCAGCCGCCUCACCAAGGUGGCCGUUAAGAUGCUCAAAGCGGACGCCACGGAGAAGGACCUGUCUGACCUGAUCUCCGAGAUGGAGAUGAUGAAGAUGAUUGGCAAACACAAGAACAUCAUCAACCUGCUUGGGGCCUGCACCCAGGGCGGUCCCCUGUAUGUGGUGGUGGAGUACGCGUCUCAGGGCAACCUGCGGGAGUACCUGCGUGCCCGGAGGCCCGUGGGGCUGGAGUACUGGAGCGGGCCCUCGCAGGCCCCCCUGGGCAGCCUGGCGCUCCGGAAGCUGGUGUCUGCAGCCUACCAGGUGGCCCGGGGCAUGGCCUACCUCGCCUCCCAAAAGUCGGUUCCCAGAGACCUCGCAGCCAGGAAUGUGCUUGUCACCGACGACAACGUGAUGAAGAUAGCAGACUUCGGCCUGGCCAGAGACAUCCACCACAUUGACUACUACAAGAAAACCACCAAUGGUCGUCUGCCUGUCAAGUGGAUGGCACCAGAAGCGCUGUUUGACCGCAUCUACACACACCAGAGUGACGUCUGGUCUUUUGGUGUUCUGCUGUGGGAGAUCUUCACUCUGGGGGGAUCUCCUUACCCUGGUGUUCCCGUGGAGGAACUCUUUAAACUCCUCAAGGAGGGACAUCGAAUGGACAGGCCCUCUGCAUGCACACAGGAGCUGUACCUGAUGAUGCGGGACUGUUGGCAUGCAGUGCCCUCACGCAGACCCACUUUCCUGCAGCUGGUGGAGGAUCUAGACCACACCCUCUCUCUCAUGGCUAACCAGGAGUAUCUGGAUCUGUCUGUCCCUCUGGUCCAGUACACUCGCGUGGGUUCUGACACCUACUCCUCCUCUGCCUCCGUCGUCUCCCGGAGCACCACGUAGGGUACGGGACCCCUGGGCGUUCUGGACCGUACUGGAGACACACACGUCUGGACACACCCCUCAGCAGAGCAGACGACCCUGCCUGACAUAUCCCUGGUUCUCUAUACAGGCCUGGCUGCCUCCUGGCCCCAUUGCCCCUCAGAGGACUCUACCUCUCUACACCCUCUGGCUUCUCCUUGCCUCAGUCCACUGGUCUCUCCUGGUCUGGGCCUGGUUCUGAGCUCUCCUGUAAGCUCCCGUAGUCUUUCACAGAAACCUAACCAGGGCGUCUGGAACUCUGCCUCAAGCCCACAGACAGACGGACGGACGGUAAGCCGCAUGGGCGGACACACAGGCAGGGUUCUGGUGGAGCCAGACGAAGACAUGACCAAGACCUUCCAGAAACGCAGCCAGGAAGUGUUUCUCAAACAGUCUGCUCUCGGCUCGAGAAACGAGUCUGAACUCUUAAAAAAGAGGCUGGCCACGUGCCUUCUUCACCAACAACUGCGCCUGACAAAUCAUAUUGGAUUCAAAGGGAAUGUAACCAAUGUAAAUUAGUUAGUUUGUAAAUACUGUAUUAUAUAUGAAUAUAUAUAUAUAAUAUUCACACUACUAUUCUUUCUGUACAUGGUUAGUUGUUUAUAACAAUUGCCUAUUUACCCUGUCCAUGAGUGGGCUGCUAUUUGAGUUUUGCAAGCUUUUUUCUAUUACAAUUCUAUAAAAAAAGAUAUGCUACAAUAUUUGUUGACUAAGAUAAACUGCUAGCCACAGUGUUAGCCUGUGUUUCCAUCCCAUUCAGAUCAAUCAGAAAUCUUGAUUGGUGGUUUUAAUGGUUUUUAAUGUGUUUUCUGUUACAGGUUAUUGCAGUAUUACAGUAUCACCACAGUAUUGUUAUAGUUUGAUUUAUGCUCCUGCUGUUAUUAACAACAGUAUUACUUCAUGUCGUCAAUGCUUGGCUAUGACCUCAGAAUGAGCUCCUUGAAGUGAAUAGACAACACCAGUUUUCUGAUGGAUAUCAUUGACGAUAGUAAUGUUUUUAUGAAUUUCAUUUUGAUGAUAAUGCCAGUGAUGAUGUUCAUAGAGGCUAUGCACUUAUCUCCCGUGGAUGUAAAUCUGCCUUUGCUAAGGAAGUAUGAAUAAAGACAACUUUAUACUCGUGG